AAAUGGGAUGCUGAUGACAAAGUCGACGUACAACAUUGGAUUCGCUUCCCUGCGUUCCGUCCUCUUCAAAAGCAUAUGAAAAAGGACGGAUUUGUUUAUGAUUUCCGCAAUAAGGAUUAUAUCUUUAUGAGAUGGAAGGAGCAUUUUCUUGUCCCUGAUCACCGAGUAAAGACCAUUAAUGGCGCCAGUUUCGCUGGAUUCUAUUAUAUUUGCUAUCAAUUAAGCACGGGCGUUAUUACUGGCUUUUAUUUCCACAAGACCUCGGAAAG